UGCUCCUUCAGGAAAGAGACUUGCAGGCCAUUGAUCCUGUUUAUGGCUGGGAAGUUUUUCUAAGCUGAAGGCCUAGCCCAGUUCGCAGAGAUAUCUGGAUGCAGCCGUUGACAAAGGACACAGGCAUGAACGCAGCUUCGGUGACACUUGCCAGUGCCCUGCAGGUCAGGGGUGAAGCCCUGUCUGAGGAGGAAAUCUGGUCUCUCUUGUCGAUGGCUGCUGAGCGGCUCCUGGAAGACCUUCGAAACGAUUCCUCAGACUAUGUAAUCUGCCCCUGGUCACUCCUGCUUUCUGCAACUGGAAGUGUUUCUUUCCAAGACCAUGUUUCUCACAUAGAGGCUGCACCAUUCAAGGCUCUGGAACUGCUCCAGGGACCAAAUGAGGAUGAGCAGCCCGAAGCAUCACAGAUGCAUGUCUACUCCUUAGGGAUGACGCUCUACUGGUCAGCUGGGUAUCGUGUUCCGCCAAACCAGCCCCUGCAGCUUCGGGAGCCCUUGCACUCCCUCCUGCUGGCCAUGUGCGAAGACCAGCCUCGAAGACGGCGGCCGCUGCAGGCAGUUCUGGAAGCCUGCCGGGUUCAUCAGGAAGAAGUGGCUGUAUACCCAGCCCCUGCCAGUCUCCACGUCAGUCGGCUGGUGGGCUCGGUGCUGGGCACAAUCUCUGAGGUGGAGAAACGAGUUGUGGAGGAAGGUACCUGUGAGCGGCAGAGCAGAAGCUACUUUCUCAGGAGUAAGCUGCAUCCGGCUGCCAGUGAGAGCCCCGGAGCUCGGGUCUCGGAUGGUGUGCAGCCGCGAAGAGUUUCAGAGAGAAGUACAGAGACACAGAGCUCCUCAGAGCGACAUUGGAGCACCACGGCUCACAGUCCUUGUGGCUUCCCUCAUGGCGCUUUGGCAGGUGUGGAUCCCUGUGACUGUGAGGAGGGCCUGCCGUGUGGCUCCGGGCCUAUGCUCUUGGUAGAAGCAGAAAGCUCACAGCUAGCAACAUCUUCUCCAAGGAAUUUCCUACAAAGGAACGGAAAGGCGAGUAAAGAGUUCUCCAGACCAGAGUUUAUCCUGUUAGCUGGAGAGGCCCCGGUGACCCUACAUUUGCCUGGAUCCAUCGUGACCAAAAAAGGGAAAUCCUACUUGGCUCUCAGAGACCUCUGUGUGGUCUUGCUGAGCGGACAGUGUCUGGAGGUGAAGUGUGACAUGGAGUCCACAGCAGGGGCUGUCUUCAAUGCUGUCGUGGCCUUCACCAACCUCGAGGAGACCACCUACUUUGGUUUGGCUUAUGUGAAAGGUGAAGAGUUCUUUUUCCUGGACAAGGACACCAGACUGUGCAAAGUUGCCCCAGAAGGCUGGAGAGAACAGUACCAGAAAGGUUCCACGGACACUUUAACGCUCUUCCUGCGGAUAAAGUUCUUUGUCAGCCGCUAUGGGCUGCUUCAGCACAGCCGGACAAGGCAUCAGUUUUACUUGCAGCUUCGGAAAGAUGUUUUAGAAGAGAGGCUGUAUUGCAAUGACGAGACACUACUGCAACUGGGGGUCCUUGCCCUGCAGGCUGAGUUUGGCAGUUAUCCUAAGGAGGUAGAGAAUAAAGCAUAUUUCCGAAUUCAAGAUUACAUCCCAGCAAGACUUAUUGAGCGGAUGACAGCGAUCCGGGCCCAAGUCGAAAUCUCUGAGAUGCACCGGCUCAGUUCCACACCUUGGGGAGAAGAUGCUGAGCUGAAGUUCUUAGAGGUUGUUCAGCAACUCCCAGAAUAUGGAGUCCUGGUUCAUAGAGUUUUCCCAGAGAAGAAGAGACCAGAUGGAGAAAUGGCCUUGGGGGUCUGUGCCAAAGGUAUCACAGUCUACGAGGUGAAAAACAGGCGCAGAAUCGCCACAUCACGGUUUCCAUGGAGAGAAACAGGGAUGAUUUCAACUCAUAGAAAAAAGCUCACCAUCACCAGCAGCAUCACCGGAAAAAAAUAUACCUUUGUCACCGAUUCAGCCAAGACCUGUAAAUAUUUGCUGGGCCUCUGCUCCGCCCAGCACUCGUUUCAUGCCCAGAUGGACUCCGAGCAGCCGCCCCGUCUCUCAAGCGAUCAGGAUAAGUUUGUACACAUAGCCAACUUGAAUUCCGCACACCAGACACAGGCCAACCCUCUCACUUGGAUUCAGAAACUGUCAUGUUCAGAAAACGAGCUCUGUGUACCCAGGUUGCAGGAUGCCAUGGGAGGCCGGCUGAGCACGUCUAUGGAGAACAUGCAAGGCAGCAAGGAGAUCGGGACAGAGGGGAUCAAAAGCAGCCCUUACACUGGCCGAGAGCAACCAAACAGCAUCACUUGGAUUCAGAAGCCAAUUCAGCCUCUCUCUGGGACAACUGUCCAGAGUAUGUGCACAGGGUCACAGAACAGUGGGAGGAAGAGCUGUAUGGGAGAAUCCAACCAAGACAUCUUGUGUGUAACGCUGAAGCGUGAUCCACAUCGUGGCUUUGGUUUUGUCAUUAAUGAGGGAGAAGAUACAGAUCAAGCAAAGCCUGGCAUUUUCAUAUCUUCCCUUAUACCUGGGGGACCAGCAGAAAAGGCUAAAGUGAUCAAACCAGGAGGGAAGAUAUUAGCCUUGAAUCACAUCAGUCUUGAGGGUUUCACGUUCAACAUGGCUGUUAGAAUGAUCCAGAAUUCCCCUGACAACAUAGAAUUAAUCAUCUCACAGUCAAAAGGUGUUUGUGGAAAUAUCUCCAGUGAAGAAAAGAAUAGUACAGCAAGUUCUGGCACGUUCUGUACAGAUAUCCCGAGCAAUGGGUGCCAGGGAAGAGAGUCAGCGCCCACACGUGACCAGGACAGAAAUGCCAGAGGACCAGAAAUGGCUCAGGCUGCUGGUUAUUGUCCUCCAUCGCCUCGAGAAACCAAUGCUGGUGAAAUCUACUUUGUGGAGCUGGUUAAAGAAGAUGGGACCCUUGGAUUCAGCGUGACAGGUGGCAUUAACACAAGUGUCCCUCAUGGAGGAAUCUUUGUGAAGUCUAUAAUUCCUGGAGGCCCAGCUGCCAAGGAAGGACAGAUCCUGCAGGGUGACCGGCUCCUGCAGGUGGAUGGAGUGAGUCUGUGCGGCCUCACUCACAAGCAGGCUGUGCAGUGUCUCAAGGGUCCUGGGCAGGUGGCACGGCUGGUCUUAGAGAGGAGAAGCCCCAGGAUUGCGCUACCGAGUCCUUCCACUGAUGACAGGAUGGGAGAUGUGCACAUGGCUGUUUCCCUGGUAACAGCCCGGUCUGGCAGGCCUGCAAGCUGUGUCUCAGUGACAGAUGGUCCUACAUUUGAAGUCAAACUGAAGAAGAACAGCAGUGGUUUGGGAUUCAGUUUUGUGCAGAUGGAGAGAGGGAACGGCAGCCAUAUCAAGAGCAACCUUGUUAGGAUUAAGAGGCUCUUUCCUGGGCAGCCAGCUGAAGAAAAUGGAGCCAUUGCAGCUGGUGACAUCAUCCUGGCAGUGAACGGGAAGCCCAUAGAGGGCCUUGCCUUCCAGGAAGUGCUCCAUUUAUUGCGUGGGGUUCCAGAGGAAGUGACGCUGCUCCUCUGCCGACCCCAUCCUGGGACACUGCCUGAGAUGGAGCUGGGAUGGCAGACUCCCGAACUAUCAGCAGACCAAAGAUUCACCAUGGCAACGUGUACUGAAUCAGAGCAGAGCCCCAGCCUAGAUCAAGAGGACAGCUGGAGGGACAGUGCCUCCCUGGACAUAGGGGAAGGCCUGGCUUCCACACGAGAGUCUUCUUACAAGGCUGUCAGAGAGGUGAAAGGAGACCAACACAGACAGGGACCCUGGGCCAGGUCCCCGAUGCGCCCUAUGGAAUCCCAUCCUCACUUGUGCAAACUCCACCAAGAACCAGAGGCACCAGCGUUGGCUACCUCUUUGGAAAAGGAUAUGAGACAAAACUGCUAUUCUGUGUGUGACAUCAGGAGACUGGGAAGGGAUGAUGCUGAAGGUGGCACAUGUUUUCUUCACGAAACCUCUUCUCUCACCUUGGAUGAUGAAGACUACCUGACCCUCAACUCCACGUUCUCAGGCCAGCUGCCCUGUGAAGAAUGUCUAGAGGCAGAUUCUGAGACUAUUCCUCUGCCGCAGUUCUGUUCUUGGGGUGCUCUUGCGAAGUCUGCACUUCCGGAAGGAUCCCCCGGGAGUGAGAGUGACUGGGAGGAUCUGGAGGAGUCUGUGGCAUCCUCUGGUGGGUAUCACACUCUGUGUGGGAUGAGGCUUCACAGAACUCACUUAGGUUGGAGUAAUGGUCCCCUAGGGUAUCAUCUGGAAGCCAUUUCUGCUGACUGCUUACUGUGGUCCCUGUUCCAUGAUGACUACUUUACCAAUUGGGGACUGUUUCAUAUGCUACAUCAGAGGCUUCUCCAGGGCUCUACAGUGACUAAAGCAGAGAGGCAGAAUUCAAGCCAUUCUCUCCCUGCUCCUGCGUCCACACGUUGAGUGUCCCCUUUGCUGCCCUCCAGCACAUGUGUGGAUACACCUUCUCUCCCCAGGUUUAGCUUUCUGGAGACCAGCAUGUCAAGGGCUAGUUUCUGUCUUGUCUACACCUACCUGUCCCUGGGAUAUAUAUGCUUCAGAGAAUACUCCCGGUGUCAUGUUACUGGAGGCUGCUUAUAGAGUCUUUGUGGUUAGGUACACAUCAGAAAAUCAGGCAUGGUGGCUCAUAUUUGUAAUCCCAGUACGUAGGAAACAUAGACAGGAGAAUCACAACAGCAAGGGCAUCCUCAGAACACUAUGGAGCUACCAGAGACAGAAGCUGGGAAUUUUACCAGGUAAGCCACUGCCACAUGGCGAUACACUGAUUACUAGAAAUGGGUUAAACCAAGAUGUGAGAGUUAACCAAUAAGAAGUUAGAGAUAAUGGGCCAAGCAGUGUUUUAAUUAAUAUAGUUUCUGUGUCGUUAUUUUGGGGCUAAGCUAGUUGGGCGGCAGGGUUGAACAAGCACCCCCCUUACAUGAAUAUGAUGCUAAAAAGUCCCAUUCUUAUCUGAAACAGACAACAAGUAACUAGGAGGAUUCUGAGGCCUCAGAGGCCAUUCACAUACACUUGUAGGGAAUCCGACAUCCUGACAUGGAAGAAAGACACGGAUGGGUGUAUAGAACUGUGAAGCCAGCAGGGAGAAGCUUGCAUGUUAAGAUCACCCUUCUAGUUGAUCUCAGUGUGGCAGGAGAGCUGAAAGAAGGCUGAGCCAUCUAUGGGCACCCAUAGGGAUCCAACUAAGACAUUGAUGGCUGUCUCCAGAAAGAGAUCAGAGAGGAAAGGGCAUUCCCAUGGGAGGAGCUAAUGUUUCCAUCCUGGUGCCACCAUUCACUGAACAUGGAGACAAUGGCGCCUACCUGAGGCUGUCGUUGAAAGUCUGAGAGGACAAUACUACGUGUAUAAGGUGCUUUUGGUAACAGCUAGCUAUUGUUUUCAUAGACUUCAGUGGGAUGAUGCAAGCUUUUGAACACAGCUGAUUCUGCUGUUUUUCCACAUAGACAAAGGCACUAAGCAGACAGGCUGUGUCCUAACAUCAGGUUGGGGCAGGGAGAAGCUCUCAUCUAUGGUUGAGUGUGGAAUAGAAGAACUGGUUGGCCCUUGGCUAUAGACUGGGGAUGUAGUUGGGAUGAACCAUGUCAUCAUCUCAAAUCCUACCCCAAAAAGAGAACAGGUCUUGUCUGCUGCUUAUAGAGUAUGGAAGUCGGGUGUUGAGUGUUCAUGGUGCCAGCUUGGGCCUAGGCUCUGUGGUUGUUCCACAUAUAUGCUUUAUAGCACCCAGGGCUUUGAAUCACACUAUCCCUAGGCAGUGUGACUCUUUUGGGAAAAGCACCAUGUACAUCCCUUAAAAUCUCUGAAGGGUCUAAGUCAUCCAGAAGGUGAGUACUUCUGCUUAUUAUUCUCAUUUGUACCAGAAGUUGGGGGAGAAGAGGAUACAAGAGGACUUUGCUCAUGGCUAAGCAGUGCAUCCUUUACAGCUAUAGUCGAAGUAUUGUUUGCUCCAUUUAGACAAAGAUGAUUAAAAAUAAUUUUUUUCCCUGAUGCUAGAGAGAUGAAUCCACAGUGAAGAGCAGAUCGGCAGCACCCAUACCAGGUUGUUCACAACCACCUGUAAUCCAGUUCCUGGGGAUGUGACACUGUCUUCUAGUUUCUACAGAUACAGGCACACAGGCAGCAGACACCACACACACAAACACACACACACACACACAAUUUAGAAAUCUUUUGAAAAAAAGGUAUUUUCUAUAAGUAAAUUUAAUCAGUCUUUGUGGUAUUCUUAGUUAUCUUCUAUCAAUAGGCUUUGUGGUUUUAUUUAAAUUGUUCAGGUUCACAUUCUGUAUGGAUCCAAACCGCAGCUGUCAGAACUGGCUUUUGAUGCAUUUUCACAGAAUGGCUCUUUCCACAAGAGUCUAUAACACACACAACUUUCCAUCAAGUAGCAGGAGGAUAACAUGUUUAUUUUAAGGACUCCGGAGCACAAAAAGUUAAUUAAUUUUACAUAGUAAGCUUCUUUAUCUACACAUUUUUACAUCAGGCAUUCAUCACAAAUAAUCGCUGGUCUAGUUUGAGGCCUCUGGUCUCUGAUACACCAUAGACAUUGGGCCCUCAUUAGGAUUCUUCCUGGACAUCUCAGUGCUGCUCUGAGUCAUGGAGAACCUGUAGUCCUGGAUCUGUGGGAUUCUCCCCCUGUCCCCUUCCCUCUGUGCUCCAGCAGAUCACAGAUGGGGUGGACUUGGGGUGGGUCAACACUUAAUCCUUAUGCUGGGCUUGGGCAGUUGCAGGGUUGGUCAGCCUACCAGCUGUCCCAUGUCCUCGUCACCAAGGUGAGCUCUCCUGUAUUGUCAGCUCCCUCAUCUAUUACAGGUUAUGAAGGGUGAGGGGGGCACUUCUCCCUGCCCACACAACUGCAUGACAGACAUGCUUGUUCACACCUUUAAACAAACAAACAAGCAUUUUUCUUUUUACGAAGUCAAAAUAACAACAAAACCCAGUAAAAACAAAAUCACCAAACCACAGUUCAGUGGGAUAGUAAGAACAGGGUUGAAUUAUAUGAUUUAGAGAGGUUUCUGCACAACCAACCAGCCACCUACUAACAUCUGCUCACUCUUUUAGGUGAGCACACUGAGCAAGGCAUCUCCUGGGACAGAACCUGAGGGCUCCUGUGUGGGCAUCCUUUCGGUGGAAGAACCCUCAGCUGAUUUUGGUCUAGAGAAUGUACCUACCUAUCUGCUGUGCUACCACCAAAGAAGCAUCCCCGAGAAGAUGGGGUGUUAAGUGCUGACUCCUAAGUCUUCGUGCCUGGUGUUUCUGAGGCUAAUCAUCUUUAGUAGUCACGACUUCCUCUUCAGCUCUGGGGUUUAAGUCAAGCAAAUCUUUGUGUGUAUGGACUGGGAUUCCUCUCAUGAAAGGAACUGGGGACUAAUUAUUUAAAUAAGGUAAACUACGGCAGGGGAAAGUUCUGGUUGCCAAACAGGGGCACCAUUUUCCAACAUGCAACUUUCUGGUUCGCACCGUUGAGUCUUCAUCAGUCAAAGGACUCUUAUCAAAGUAUCACCAGUAUACUGGAAGGAAUCUGCCAAGGGGCUUGGCUCAAAGGCCACAGGGGGAAUAACUUUCUGUGUUUUUCUGUUUGGGUUUUUCUGUCUUUCCUUCAACUCCAAAUAAUCAUGUGUUCUUUUCAAAUGA